UUAAGCAGUGUGUUUGAGAACACAGAACAAAAAUGCCGGAGCCAGCAAAAUCUGCUCCCGCUCCCAAGAAGGGCUCUAAAAAAGCUGUGACUAAGACUCAGAAGAAGGGCGAUAAGAAGCGCAGAAAGACUAGGAAGGAGAGUUAUUCCAUCUACGUGUAUAAAGUGCUGAAACAAGUUCAUCCGGACACCGGUAUCUCCUCUAAAGCCAUGGGGAUCAUGAACUCCUUUGUGAACGACAUCUUCGAGCGCAUUGCGGGGGAAGCGUCUCGCCUGGCUCAUUACAACAAGCGUUCAACCAUCACUUCCCGGGAGAUCCAGACCGCUGUGCGCCUGCUUCUGCCGGGGGAGCUGGCCAAACAUGCUGUGUCUGAGGGCACCAAGGCCGUCACCAAGUACACCAGCUCCAAGUAAAUAGUUUGCUAUAAGACUACGAACACCUAUAACCCAAAGGCUCUUUUAAGAGCCAUCCACUUUAUCACCCAAAGAGCUCUAAUAUCACUAACUGCUGCUGCUUGUGUUCUUCAAACUACAACAAAGUGUAUUUUUUAAAACAAACUGUA